CACAAAGCUUCCUGUGAUCUUUCUGCUUUGCUCAACAAGGCAGCUAGGGAGUCAGAAGAAAUUCAGGCACAGUCCAUUGACCUGCACAGCAAAGGGAAAACCGUGACCACAGAAUGGCCACAGCAGGAAAAGUCAUUAAAUGCAAAGCUGCUGUUCUUUGGGAGCCCAACAAACCCUUAUCCAUUGAGGAAAUAGAAGUUGCCCCACCCAAGGCCAAUGAAGUUCGAAUUAAGAUUGUGGCAACAGGAAUCUGUCGCUCUGAUGACCACAUUAUCAGUGGGUCAUUGACUCAUCCCCUCCCAGUAAUCCUGGGGCAUGAGGCUGCAGGGAUUGUGGAAAGCGUUGGAGAUGAGGUGACUUCUGUAAAACCAGGUGACAAAGUCAUCCCACUCUUUGUUCCACAGUGCAGGAAAUGCAAAGUUUGUAAGCACCCGAAUGGCAACCUUUGCUCUGAAAAUAAUGUAUCACUCCCUAGUGGCACCUUGCAAGAUGGCACCUCCAGAUUUACCUGCCGAGGAAAGCCAAUUCAUCACUUGGCUAGCACAAGCACCUUCAGUGAGUACACAGUGGCAGAUGAAAUCUCCGUUGUAAAGAUUGAUCCAUCUGCUCCUCUGGAAAAAGUCUGCCUGAUUGGCUGCGGAUUUUCCACUGGUUAUGGCUCUGCAGUAAAUGUUGCCAAGGUCACUCCUGGCUCUACUUGUGUUGUCUUUGGCCUGGGAGGUGUUGGCUUAUCAGUGAUCAUUGGCUGCAAGACAGCUGGAGCCUCCCGGAUCAUUGGGGUGGACAUUAACAAGGACAAAUUUGCAAAGGCCAAAGAGGUAGGCGCUACUGAGUGCAUCAACCCUCAGGACUACAAGAAACCAAUCCAAGAUGUUCUGGUCGAAAUGACUGAGGAUGGCGUUGAUUUUUCAUUUGAAGUUAUUGGACGUGUGGAUACAACAACAGCUGCCUUUCUAGCCACCAAUAAGGCUUAUGGAGUUUGUGUCAUGGUGGGUGUCCCUCCUAAUGGCCAAAAUAUUUCUUUCGAUCCUAUGCUGCUUUUGACUGGACGCACCUGGAAAGGAGCUAUUUUGGAG